UUUGCACUGUGAUGGGUAACUGAAUGUAAAAACAAGACUUAAUUUUCGAAAAAGUACAAAACUGCAAAUGUUCACAAAGGACGAACAAAGCACAGCUCCGUCGUGCAUGAGUGUAAACCGAUUGGCAAAAACCUGCGACGCACCGCUGGUGUAGACGCCUGGCACCUCAGGAUCAAACAAGUAUCAAACGUGUAUUGAACAGUUAUGGGACAACUGCAGAACAAAAGUCCUUCUGUCCUAGUUUGACUCAUUGAACAUUUUUUAAAAAUUGAAAGCAGAUUAAUGUGAAUGAUAACAUUCGCCAAAAGAUGUGCACAAAAUAAUAAAAUCACUAAAAAUUGCUAAGUUUUAGAUUUAUUCUCAGUAAAACCCAUUUUUAGCUCUAAGCUACUUGAAUCCCUGUUAGAUUUUUUUUUCUACAAAUUGGUUUUUGGUUAAUACUUUUUGUAUGAGUAGUCUUACUUUUUUAUUAUUAUCACUGGGGUGCAAAGUGCCACUUCUAAUCAUCCAAUGUGCCACAGGUUGGCCAUCCCUGCUCUAAUCUUUUCAAGUUAUUCCCAGCAAUUAUGGCAAUUUUAAUUGUGUACUUCACUGUAUAAUAUGAACUUUUCCAGCCUAAUUGGAGAUAAACACCAUGGCCAAAAUUCUCUACUGAAUAUCUGCAGCAUUAAAAAAAUAUAAUUUUACUAGAUUAUGCCAUUAGUUCCUGAAAAAAUCAAAUAAAUGAAAGAAAUAAAGGAAUGGUAAAUAUGCUUUAUUAAAAUAGUUUUAUUUUCAGAGACCCUGACUGGAAUGCCCUGCAGCCAUGUAAUGAUGGAACACAAAAUCACCAUGGUGUCAACAAUUGUAUGAUUCUGCAUUCCGCCCAGAUGUUUUUGUAACCACGGUUUCAGUUGUUUACAUCUCUAACAAGCAGAAACAUCAGUAGUGAGAACAAUACAAGCUGGAAAAAAUAUUAAGCAAUAAAGCAGCAUAAAAAGAAGAUAUUUUACCUAUGAACAACAUAGACCACGAAUUUAAUGCAUUAUAAUGGAGAUGUCCAUAAACAAGUGAAUGGUCACUAAGUUCACUGAUAAUGUGCAAGAUGAAACUGGAAAGUGUUCUUGCACAAGUAGAGGAAUGCGAGGAUAAAUACUGACAAAUACAGCAAGAAAACAUCUGCAUGGAUUGAAAGUUGAAACUUCACAUACAAAUCCAUGAUUAAAUGAGUGACUGAAUAGCCUCCUUCUCAUGAUUCUACACCAGCUUCUCCAAAGAUACUCUUUGCAUUAUGGAGGUAGGUGAUUGCUACUGAAACACUUAAAAUUUUUUUACUUGAAACAGUUAUACAUACCAUUUGCAAGGGUCCACAAUAAUUUUCUUUCCUUUGGUUGUCCCAUUUGAAACUGUCCCCAGCGGCUUCAACGCACUCAUGUUUGCUUUUGGAUUAUACUUACAAAGAGAUCAGAACUUGCAAUGACCCCAUUCUCCAGUAGGCAUUGCUGCAAUAACAAACUGGAUUGGGGUAUUUGCCUUACUGCAAGAGGAGCAACUUUAAUAACCUUAUGUUACUUAGAUUAAAUUAAGGACAAUAUAGAGCCAAAUAUGCAUACUUUUCAUUCCAAAGAACAACUAAGAUAAACAAAGGUGGUGGUGUUACCACAAAGCCAUCAGUAUAAAACCCGUACGAAAUCACGUGCUGAUUCGAAGCUUUUGUUUUCUUUCUUAAACGGGAAAGAAAACAACUUUGGAGGAAACAGUAAGUUAAAGUGGAAUAAUUAGUUGUAUUGAGAAGUUACCACUCACUUAUUUUGCAACGUUGUGCGUGUCUAGUAAACACUGAAAAAUUUCCAUAGAAGAUAAAAUCUGGUCACUGAAGAUUUAGUUUGAAUAUAAUUUCAAUGUUGGACGUUUAUUUGUCGCCCUCCAGUUUUUUUUAAACUGCAAGUGUGCAUUCAUGCCUGUAGCAAUGAAGUUGACUUUGAAUAAGAUACCUCUGAGCAAUAAAGUUUUGUUGCUUUCACACAUUUCAUGUACCUCUCUCUUCAAAAGUCGCUCCUCUUGCAACAAUCAGGUAAAUCCCACUCGUUUAUUGCCAAAUGCCUCAUCCUGUAACUUGGUCGCAGCUGAGAAAAGUGCAUGGCAGGUUGGAAUGAGAGGCCGAAUGCUGCGAUGGCCGGCCUGAGGACGAACAUCCUACUUCCUCCAAGGGUUAAGAGGGGCAGGGCGCCUCCGAUGAGUAACAGCGGGCACGCACGGCGCGUCUGACGUCACGCGCGGCCCGAAGGUUGUGAGGAAUUCAGGACGCCGUGCGCGCACAAACACAGCCAGCAAUAGAAAGCCCCGUGAUGUCAUCUGGUGAUCAAAAGUCAACUAACGAUCUCUUCAAAGCAGCUAAUGUCUGCUGCCAGGCUGCCAGGUGAGGUCUACAAUGGGAUCAAUGGUAUGUCGAGUGAGAGUGGCCCUGGGAAGAGACUAAGAAAACCACCGGCAAUGGGGGAUGGCUUAGAAAGCACACAGAUGUCUUCAACACAGUCACAAGCUCAACCCCAACAAAGUAAUGUUAUCGGUAAUCCUCCCCCUCCUGAAACCUCCAAUCCCAAUCGAUCUAAACGACUGACGAAUCAACUUCAGUUCCUGUCAAAAGUGCUCCUGAAGACAAUAUGGAAGCACCAGUUUGCUUGGCCUUUCCAACAGCCUGUGGAUGCUGCAAAACUAAACCUACCUGAUUACUAUAAAAUUAUCAAACAUCCUAUGGAUAUGGGAACAAUUAAAAAACGCUUGGAAAACAAUUACUACUUGAACGCCCAGGAAUGUAUUCAAGACUUCAAUACCAUGUUUACCAACUGUUACAUUUACAAUAAGCAAGGGGAUGAUAUAGUCUUAAUGGCAGAAGCUUUGGAAAAGAUAUUUCUUCAGAAAAUUUCAGAGAUGCCACAAGAAGAGAUUGAAGUACCUAUACAGCCUGCCAAAGGAUCACGGGGUAGAGGCAGAAAAGAAACAGUUCAGUCUAAAACAAAUGUGUCAACUGUACAGACUGCCUCCCAAGUGACAAUGCCGGUAUCGGCACCAGCACCACCACAACAGGCACCACCCCAGCGGGCACCCCAGGCAUCUCAGCCUGCACCAUCGCAGCCGCAGCUUCCAUCGGUAUCUGUGCCAGCACCCACACCCCAGUCAUUUCCUCCUGCGACUCCUGACUUGAUAGGCCAGCCACCAACAACAACAGUGUCUCCACAUACUUCUGCUCCCCCAAUGCCAACACUCACGCCAACAACUGUGAUGGCACCAGCUCCACAGCCUCCAAAGCAUAAAAAGGGUGUGAAGAGGAAAGCUGAUACAACAACUCCGACAACCAAUGUUCCAGUGAAGAGUCGAGAGUCUUCUCCGUUAAUGACUGAACCCAAACCUGCAAAGAUUCCUUCUAGGAGUGGCAGACCUCCAAAGCCCACUAAGAAAGAGGCUCCAGACUCCCAACAGCAGCCACAUCUUGAGAAGGGUGGGGGCGGAGGUGUUGGGAUUGUAGGUGGUGGGGUUGUGGUAGGCAGUGGAAAGGUUUCGGAACAGUUGAAGUACUGCACUGGCAUUCUUAAGGAAAUGUUCGCCAAGAAGCAUGCAGCAUAUGCCUGGCCCUUCUACAAACCUGUGGACGUAGAAGCCUUGGGACUGCAUGAUUAUCACGACAUUAUAAAACACCCCAUGGAUCUCAGUACUAUUAAAGCAAAAAUGGAUAACCGACAAUAUGGGGAUGCUCAAGAAUUUUCAGCAGAUGUUCGGUUGAUGUUCUCCAAUUGUUACAAAUAUAAUCCUCCUGAUCAUGAAGUGGUAGCAAUGGCAAGAAAAUUACAGGAUGUUUUUGAAAUGCGUUUUGCAAAAAUGCCAGAUGAGCCUGUUGAACCAGUUGUUCCAUCUCCUCCUCCUGUGCCACCUCCUACCAACCAAGUGUCAUCCUCAUCUUCGAGUGACAGUAGCAGUGACAGUUCCUCUGACAGUGACAGCAGCACAGAUGAUUCUGAGGAGGAGCGGGCACAGAGGCUGGCUGAACUUCAAGAACAGUUGAAAGCGGUACAUGAGCAGCUGGCUGCCCUUUCCCAACCACAACUGUCAAAACCAAAGAAGAAAGAGAAGGACAAGAAGGAAGAGAAGAAGAAAGAGAAGGAAAAAGAAAGGGAAAGGCAUAAAAAGAAAGAUGAUUUGGAGGAAAAGAAGAAAAGCAAACCUAAGGAGCAACAGCCAAAAAAAUCAAAGAAGAACAAUGCAAAUACCAGGAAUAUGAAGAACAAUAAACCUGGACCCACUUAUGACUCUGAAGAAGAAGAUAAAUGCAAGCCAAUGACCUAUGAGGAAAAGAGACAGCUGAGUUUGGAUAUAAACAAACUUCCUGGUGAUAAAUUGGGAAGAGUAGUUCACAUCAUUCAGUCCCGCGAACCCUCACUGAGAAACUCAAACCCUGAUGAGAUUGAAAUAGACUUUGAAACGUUAAAGCCCUCCACAUUGCGAGAGCUAGAACGAUAUGUUACAUCGUGUUUACGGAAAAAAGCGAGGAAACCUCAAGUGAAAAAGGUCCCAGGGAAAUCGAACGAUGAGCUCCAGCUAGACUCGAAGAGUGAGCUGGAAACCAGGUUACAUGACGUUAGCGGCCAGCUGAGCUCUGGGAAGAAACCAGGCAGAAAAGCUGAGAAGCAUGACGUAAGCAUGGAUGUGGGAGGCCCCUCAAGGAUGAGAAGCAGCAGCAGUUCUUCUGAGUCAGACAGUAGCAGUGACUCCAGCUCCUCUGAGAGCAACGACUCUGAAACAGAGGUGCCACCUAAAACCAAACAUGGCAGCCACAAGAGCCGCUCUGGACGGGAGCAGAAGAAGCAACAUCACCACCACCAUCAGCCCCCACAGCCGAUGAAGCAAUCACCUCAACAGUUUGUACCUGCUCCACUUCCAGUCAUGGAGCCACAGAUAUUGACCAAUGCCUAUGAUGCCAUGUCGCACUUUGGACAGCCCAUGAUGCACCUUCCUCACCAAAGCGAGCUGCAGACGCAUUUGCAACCGCCACCCGAGCAGCAUUCGCCCCCUCACCUUACCCAACACUCAGUGGUGUCACCACCAGCUUUGCACAGUAGUCUGCCUCAACAGCCAUCCAGACCCAGUGGUAAAGCAGCACCAUUACCUCCAAAACAGCCUCGGCCUCUCACACAGUCCCCACCUAUGGUUCCACAGCCUAUAUUACAGCCCCCACAGAUGACACAACCGCCAGCAAUCCUAGAAGAAGAAGAACCACAGUCUCAUCUCUCACUCCCCCUACAUACUUCACAGAUGCAGUUGUAUUUACAGCAGCUGCAAAAAGUCCAGAAUCAGACCCCGCUUCUCUCAACGACCUCAUCGCAGCCCCAGACUCAGCCCCAAUCACAGCCGCAGGCAGUGCUCAACCAGUCACAGGCAUCACACACACAGCCCCAGCCUCCACCGCACGCUCAGCCUGCGCCACAUCCCCAGCCUCAGCCUCUUCCCCCACAGCAAGUACAGCAGCAGCAGCAACAUCAACCAAGACCCCUACACAUACAACCCAUGCCAUUUCCACCACACAUCCAGCAGCCACAGCCACAACAUCAGCCUCCUCAGCAGGCAAAACCCCAACAAGUCAUUCAGCACCACCAUUCCCCACGACAACCGAAGCCUGACCCCUACUCCACAGCUCAUAUGGCAGAUGUGUCUUCUCCGCUCCUGAUGCAUUCCCCACCGCUGCCACAAUUUCCAUCUCUUGUCCAGUCACCUCCAAGAAAUGUACAGACUAAAAAACAGGAACCACGAACUCCGUCAAUAGUACAAUCACAACCAAUGGUAAACAUGAAAGAAGAGAAAAGUCACUCUUCACCUGUAAUCAGAAAUGAGCCAUUUAGCCCUUCAAUGCGCCAGGAGCCAUCAAAACAGAGGGAGGGAAGCAAACCACCUCCACAUAUUGGUCACCGACCAGAGAUGAAGCACAUGGAAGCUGCUGGGCCAGUGAUUCGACCUCCAGAACACAGCUCGCAACCAUCUCCUCAGGACAAAGACAAGCAUAAACAACAAACACCCAAAACUCCUGUCGCUCCCAAAAAAGAUCUCAAGAUCAAGAACAUGGGCUCAUGGGCAAGUCUCGUUAAAAAGACACCUUCCACUCCCUCAUCCACAGCAAAGUCAUCAAGUGAUAGCUUUGAGCAGUUUAGGCGAGCAGCACGAGAAAAGGAGGAGCGAGAAAAGGCACUCAAAGCACAGGAGGAGUACCGUAAGAUGCAACAGGAGGCAGCAGAGAAGGAGCGUCUCCGCAUGGAACAGGAGCGACAGCGAAGUCGAGACGAGGAGGAUGCUUUGGAGUGUGCCCGGAGAGCUCACGAGGAGGCGCGGAGGCAGCAGCAACAUCUUCAGCAGCAGCAGCAACAACAGCAGCAGCAGCAGCAGGGCUCUCAGCCAACCUCGCAGUCUAUACUGGAUCAGCAGCGAGAGCUAGCGAGGAAACGGGAGCAAGAACGAAGGCGGAAGGAAGCAAUGGCGGCUACGAUUGACAUGAAUUUUCAGAGCGACUUAAUGGCAAUAUUUGAAGAGAAUCUCUUCUGAGGGCUCCUUAUUUGGGAUAUCCUGACUCUUGAAAGUACUACGGAACUGUUUUCCAUGAGUUAAGUGGCACCAUAGUGUUUCGGCCAGGUUCUUGGUGCACGUCUUUCUGCAUGUGUGACCCAGUGAGUGAGCGAAUCGUUCAGUCAUUGCCUUGAAUGGAUGGAUGGACAUGGAUGGACAGAAGUCUGCCUUACAUUUAACCCACAAUAUAGGAAUGAACAAAUAGACAAAAAAACUUAUUGUUGUUUAGAAAACGUGCACAAAUGUGCGUCCAGCUUUCCGAAAGAUACUACUGUAAAGGGGGUGGGGAGGGGUUUACCCAUUAGCUGCAAGGCUGUCCUCGCCAAACUCCUUCACUAUGUAUGAAAAGACACAAUUACAUUUUGAUGUAUUCAAUCAAACAGGGUUUCACUGUUGCAGUGUCAGGGCCCUGUUUGCUGAACGGUUUUGCUGCAUUGGUUCCAUAAAUCUAGUGCGUCUCCUUCACUGCUCAUGAGAGAAUGGGGCGAUACUAUGAUAUUUAUAUAUAUAUAUAAUAUGUAUAUUAUAUAUAUAUACGUAAAUAAAAUGGGUGAAUUCCCCUAUAAUUGGGAAAACUGGCCCCUUCACUAAGUUACAACAGUAUAAUCUGGAUAGACUAUUUAAGCAGUGCAACUAUGUUUUCAUUACUUUUUUUUUACAGUGCAUAGUGCUGUCUGCAGGUUUUGUUUAUCUACAGAGUUUUCAGAUAAUAGGCUCAGUAUGUUCUGACAAGCCAUGUGAUGGUUAUGGCAAUACAAAAAAGGGAAAAAAAAUCGUAUGUCGGAGGUUAUGAGUUUAAACAGCAGUCCCAUCUGAAGCAUUUUUGUUUUCCCCUGUUUUAAUUUCUUUUCUGCAGUGUUUGGGAUCAAAGCUGGACUACCAACCAAAGUAGGUGAAAUUGUUUGUCUCAUUACCUCAGGAGAUACGAAUGUUGAAUGGCACUGCUGAAACUGUUUUGUACUGUUGUCCCUCUGAAUAUUAAAGAUACAAGUGCUGACUUUCUUUUCUGCAAAUAACCAGAGGUUUCAGCUGCCCUUGAGUAGUGUUGAACCGAUGCUGUAUAGUGGGUAUGGUUGGUGUGCGAUGCUUAACUUGUAUGUUCUCUGUAAUUAUAAACUUACUUUAUUAAUGUAGCAGACUUCCAAUACAAUUUGGGGGCCCAGGUGUGAGUUUUAUCUUUAUAUGUUCAAUUCUGGGCUUUUUUUUUUCUUCAAGAGGGUUGUACAAAAUAAGCAAGCUGUUUCUGUGCGAGUGUCUCUUUAGUAUUUGCUAAAAGCAUCAAGUGAAGUGCUGGUUCUCCUAGUUAAACUCUGCAGCAAGAAUUAGACGAGUGAUUGUUUUAUGGCAAAUAUGGCAAAUUAAAUUAAUGUACCAUUCCUCGUCUUUGCCUUUAAAUAUAAUUUUAUUUUUUCAGCUGUUUUUAAACCUUUUUCUUUUUUUAAAAUGAACAUAUUUUAAUGUGCCAAAAUACCCACUAUACAGUACCAGCUCCAGUGUUGGUAACCUCAGUUUAAAGUCAGUUUUACUGAGAGGCAGAAAAUUGCAUUUGGUCUGUAUCAAUUAUUGAAUAAACACACCUUUUAUACAAUA